AACGUCUACACAGAGUAGAGUACAGAAGUACAGAAGAGGAGAAGAAGAGAAUGAGCUCUCUCCGGUUCUCCUUUCUCCUUACAUCAUUCGUUGGAGUUCUUAUUGGUGGAUGCAAUGGAAGGCCUUUCUACCCUCUUCCAAGUAAAAUAAAGGAUGGAGAUAGACAGCCCCUACAAACAUUCCGUCCUUAUAAUAUUGCACAUCGAGGGUCAAACGGAGAGAUUCCUGAAGAAACUUCUGCUGCAUACAUGAGAGCUAUAGAAGAGGGUGCAGACUUCAUUGAAACUGAUAUCCUUGCCAGUAAGGAUGGUGCACUUAUAUGCUUUCACGAUGUAACCCUCGAUGAUACAACUGAUGUUGCUGACCAUAAAGAAUUUGCUGAUCGUAAAAGAACUUAUGAAGUCCAAGGAGAAAACAUCACCGGAUGGUUUGUUGUUGACUUCACACUGGAAGAAUUAGAAUCCUUGCGAGUGAAGCAGAGGUACAAGUUCCGAGAUCAACAAUAUAAUGGGAAGUUCUCCAUCAUUACUUUUGAAGAAUUCAUUUCAAUUGCACUAGAUGCACCCAGAGUUGUUGGGAUCUAUCCAGAGAUUAAAAACCCCAUACUCAUCAACCAACAUGUAAAAUGGAGUGAUGGAAAGAAGUUCGAAGACAAGUUCGUAGAGACGCUUAAGAAAUAUGGCUAUAAAGGUUCAUAUCUGUCCAAAGAAUGGCUAAAGCAGCCAGUCUUUAUCCAGUCAUUUGCUCCAACUUCACUUAUAUAUAUUUCAAACUUGACGGACUUGCCCAAAAUCUUCCUAAUUGAUGAUGUGACGAUACCAACUCAAGACACAAAUCAGUCAUAUUGGGAAAUUACUUCAGACAGUUACUUAGAAUUUAUAAAGGAAUACGUGGUUGGCAUUGGACCAUGGAAAGAUACAAUAGUGCCCCAAAGAAAUAAUUACUUGGUAACGCCAACUGAUCUUGUUGCCAAAGCACAUGCUCAUGACCUUCAGGUCCACCCAUACACCUUCCGUAACGAGAAUAUCUUCUUACACCUGGACUUCCAUGAGGACCCAUAUGCAGAAUACGACUACUGGCUAAACACCAUUGGAGUUGAUGGGCUUUUCACAGAUUUUACAGGAAGUCUACAUAACUUUCAGCAAUGGACCGAACGACUCCCUAGUAAGGACAAUGAUAAAGAUGCAUUGAAACUAUUACAAAAGAUUGCAUCGUUGAUCACCUCCUACAGAAAGAUAUGAAGGGUUCUAUUGUUCAUAAAACCCUUUGUUUUCUAAAUGUCAAUUUACAUGCACUUACAUUAUGCAAUAAGUAAAAUGAAUCUCAUUCUUCUA